AUGGCAGUCUUAUAUGGGACUGCCAGCCCUUCAAAUCAAUUACAGUGCAUAUUUCUCGAUUACUUCUUCAGUUCCAGUGGUUGCUUCCAAGCCCUGCGGAAGUCUACGUUCAAAAUGAAACUGUUAACAACCUUUCUGGCACUGGGAGUUGAGACGGCUGUGGAUUAUCUCACUUUCAAUCUAACUAAUCCUACCGACUACUAUGGCAACCUAUGCACCAACAAAGUGUACACAAUCUCAAUGUACGCAGCUGCCAAGCUCUAUUGCAGCAUCAGAGAAAUCCAAGCCGGAUACGACUAUUUUAAUCAGGAAUGCCAGGAAUACGGCGAGGGACUGACAUUGGUCCCUUACUCCGACAUUGAGCCACUGCUUACCGAUGAAUACAUGAAGUCUCUCACUGUCGCCGACUAUAAUGAUUAUGAAAAGGGUACGGUCUUCAACGAGCCCGUGCUGAUAACCCGCUCUUAUUGGAAAACCGCCAGAGACACUUGGGUUGACUUCGACAUUGAAACUGCAGAAUAUCCACAUGCUUACGGCUGGGCAAUGUAUGGCUUCUGGGGAGGAAUACUACUGAUCGGCAUCAUAAAUCGUCUCAUCACUUCUUUCUUCCAGUCUCGACGCUUAAAGGCUAUGGACGAUGUCGAAGAAGGGCAAAACUCCUCCGUAAAGCGUCGGGAUGAACUUCCUGGAUUCAUCAAAUUCAUCUAUGACUGGAUCAGGGCAAAUUUGAUUAUUCCCGCCGCAUUCGGUUCACACCAUUCCCGCCCAGUACUUUGGAUGACCAUUCCGACCCGUAUGGAGACGAUAAUUAUUGUGACUUUCUACGUUAUGAACUUUAUCUUAUGCUGUGUCGGUUACAAGAUCUUUAACCCUAAUCUCUACUAUUCGAACGUUGGCUAUUUUGCCGAGUCAUGGACAGAACAGUACUGGUAUAUGGGAGGCAUGGCUACCAUUACGAUGAGCCUACUGGUCUUUUUCUCAUUCAUGUGGUUCCGAGUGAAGUCAUAUGAGGUCUUUCUUCUGAUCCAUAUAUCACUUUCGGUGGUGACACUUGUUGGCUUAUAUUACCACACCAUCAUAUUCGAUGGUGAAUACAAUCCGUAUCUAUGGCCACCCGUAGCAAUUUGGAGCUUUGAUCGAGCGGCUCGCUUAUUUCGAUGGGUAUACUGUAACCUUCACAUGAAGUCUUCACACUCCCUCAUGACUACUAAAGCCUCGAUCACAUACAGUCAGCAGGGCGACUUUAUUCGACUUCAGCUUAUACCGGGGUCUACCCUCCUCCAACCCGGCCCUGGACAGCAUUACUUCCUGUAUCAGCCGAUAAAAUGGAAAGGGUGGGAAAAUCACCCAUUCACUUUGGCCGGAUAUGAGCGGAUCGAUGACACUGAGGAAGCUGAGACUGUUGCCGGCAUGGAACAACUAAACAGCGCUGCAGAGAAAGAGAUCCCGAGCAACACUGAAGGCUCGUCUUCUGGUCAUUCCUCAGACAUUGGCCAACCUAUGCCUCAUGGCCAGCGAACCGUGUCCGAUGCUUCUGGUGGCAAGCAGAAACUUACCUUUCUUAUACGUCCUUUUAGCAGCUGGACUCGACGUCUUCGUGAGGAAUGUCUCAAGUCUCCCACUGGCAUCAUUACGCCGCACAUCUUUCUUGAAGGCCCAUACGGAGAGAGGAGCCCGUUACAUACUUUUGAGCACGUCGUUUUCAUCGUUGGUGGGACCGGCAUCUCCGGUGCACUGCCGUAUAUGCAAGAUCAUGCAAAGCGUGUGGCCCUCAAUGCUAGACAGCAAUCAGGGGCAGCCGAAGGAAAAGUCUCUACGCUCACCAGGAACAUCACGUUUGUCUGGUCGACCAAACAAACAUCCAUGAUCAAAGACAUUGUCGCGCAAGAGUUGCAGCCGUACAUCGGGCGUGAUGACGUCCAUCUCCAUCUCCAUGCCACCUCUCGCGGAAGUGGCCGGCUUACUUCCGUGGACGCGGCUAACAGCGGUAAUGAGGACCUCGAGAUUAUCCCGCGUACCAAUGCUAGUACUACCAACAUCAACAUCAUCUACGGCCGACCUAACAUACAAGGAACGAUACUAGGUGUGAUUGAUAAAAUGAACGACACUGACACAGCAGGCAGAAGAAUUGCCAUUCUCACUUGCGGACCCGCUGGCAUGGCCGAUGAGGCGAGAGCUGCAGUGCACAUGGCUCUAAAGCAAGGCAAACGCGGCGUCGAAUAUAUUGAAGAGACCUUUGGGUAA